AUGGAGAACAUCAAUGUGUCGGAACUGGCGGAGCGACUGGGCAGCGAUGAAGAUGCCGUUCGUAAAAUGGCCGUGUUCAAACUGCAGUCCAAUAUCGGCGACCCUUCGUUUGCGGACGUUUUCAUUUCCGAAGGAGGACUGGUCAAACUGAAGCAUCUGGCCAUGACUGCUACUGGAAACACUUUGGCGUAUAGUCUGACUUCAUUUGCGAGGCUCUUGGAAGUCGAUAAGGGGUGGGAUGUGGUGGAUGAAGAGUUUAUCGAGAGGAUUGUUCAACUCAUUGUUACGCACCCGCUCGUUAACAUCCUGCGCGGUGCAAUGUCUAUCCUGGUCUCGAUCGUUUCACACCCGCGUGGCUCGGGCCGCAAUUCCACCUACAGUCAGUCUGGCCUUUUCGGAUUCCACGCGCUCAAGCCCGCGAUCGCGAUCCACUCCCAAUUUCUCGAAAUGCUCGUUAGCAGGCUGUCCUCCGCUGACCAUGCGCUCUGCGCCAAUGCUCUACAACUGAUCAAUAGUCUGAUGAGGGACUCGAUAAUGUCUGAAAGCGAGGCAGAAUGGCCCAGGUUUAUCAAGCGGUUACAGGAUUUGGGCGUGAUCCGGGCUGUGUAUGUUCUUAUGCAGGGUUCCGCGCUGCAAGAUUUGGCUCAACCCUUGUUGGAGUUCCAGUCUCUCACUAAAGUACUACUGAAAAAAUGGAGAGAUCUUGCAGUGGAUCUGGAGACACCGGAUCACCGCAGGGCUUUGAAGGGCAUCCAUCUUGCUAGUAACCCCGCAAAGCCACAAGAGACCGAGAAGACUGGAUCCAGAAGACAUAAUCCGCAUAAAUGGCGAAGACUUGGCUUUGAGUCAGAGAGCCCUCAAUGGGAUUUCCACGAAAUGGGGUUCUUGGGAAUGAUGGAUUUUACAGACUUCGUCAGGAGGUAUCAAGAUCAAUUUCAGAAGAUGCUCCUAGAGCAAUCCACAAAGCCCUCGGAGCAGCGCUGCCCAAUAGCUAGAGCGUCUUUGAACGUAACGGCGAUUUUAUACGAGCAUUUCGAGAUCGACAAGGCAGAUCUGGAAGACCCGAAAAGCUAUAUGAUCCUUGAAUCACGGUCCAAUUUCGACAAGGUCUUCAAACCAUUAUUGCUUCAUUGGCCUCGGUUGCACGUUUCGGCCCUGAAUGCAUUUUUCCGCUUGUGGAAAGCAACCGGAGCGCAAUUGGAAGACUUUUCAAAAAUCACCGAACUGGUACGGAUUCUCGUUGAAUCUGUCAUUGGCGGUGCUACGCGGACCAAGGAUAUGCAUGAAAUUGAAGAGGAGAUGAAUGAUUUUGAAUACCAACGGCUCCGGGAAUUGCAAAUGGAAUUGCUGGAGCUAACAUACGAAGACGUUUGGGGGCAACACCUUCAUCGGGUGCGGGAAGAGCUACACCAUGAAGCCCUACAGUUUGUAAAGGAGCAGCGGAUCAGGUGUCUGCUGCAAGGCGCCUGGUUCCCGAUAGAAUCGAUUUCCAAAGGCGAAAAUGGAGUAGCUUCAAGACCAGAUGCGAAGCGGACCAAUACCACGUCAUACCGAUAUGCACAGCUGUCGCAUAAUCGGCGAAUUCUUCACUAUGCUGACUUCGACUCUGUGGACAACGACAUCCCUGAUAUUGACGACCUUACACAUAAAAUCGACCUCAGCACGGUCUCAUCCGUUGUUUCGAAUGUCUCAGCGUCUUCGGACGAUUCUUCUGGCUCCACCAUCAAAACGCUUCCUCAACCUUCUUCCUCCACGAGAAUCACAAUUCAUGGCUACGCUCAAAAACCAUCUUCUGCUGAAAACAACGCCAAAGCACUGUCUGACGCACAUGAUGGCAAUGCCAGCCGACAACGCUCCAACACGGCGAAAACAAACCAAACCCAAAAGGAAAUCGUGCUUUUGACACUCCACCCUCAAUCGCACAGCAUUGCAUCCGAGUGGCUCGAUGGCCUUCUCAUGCUCCUCAAUCAGCAGCCGAUAACUGCCGAGACAAACAAACUUAUUAACUUGGUGAGUAAUUACGGACUCAAAAUCCGAUUGUUGAAUGUACGAUUCGAUGAUGCCACUUUUAUGGGAGAAUGCCCGGAAAUCCCUAGCCGAGAAGGCUUGGAUGAAGAUUAUUACUAUGAUGUUUUUGGUGGUUCUUAA